AUGGAAUUAGAAGAAGAAACUAUCUUUACUGUUAUGGAUCUUUGUAAAUUUGGAGUUAAACAAGAAAUACAAGCACAGUAUGGAUAUGGUGAACGUGUCAGGAAAGAAAGAUCUCAGAUUUCAUUCCACUGCAAAUAUCCAAAAUGUCCUGCACAUUUUAAUGUUGCAAUCUUGGAUCAAAAUAAAUACAAACUAAUCAAAAUAGUUGAAGAACAUGAUCAUUCCGCCCCAAAUGACAAAAGUCAAUAUUCGUCUGUCUUUUAUCGCAAAUAUUUAGAACAUUACUUCCAAACAGAUGACAAUCAAAGAGCGAUAGCACAGCUAAAUGCAUUCAAAGAUCUUGAAAU